UGCACGAGCGGUUAUGAGACGGAGACAGAAACGCAAAUGAGCUCUUUAACCGCCGUCUUUGGUAGAAAUGUUGUCUUUGUCCGUUACUUUCUACAAUCCUCCAAUUUUGUGAUGCAUGCUGGGAAAGGUUCGAGCAGAAAGUGUGAGUCUCUCUGGGUUUAAUUUUAUUUGGGAGAUACAGACCUGCAGUCACGCAACCGAAAUACGCCGGCGUGAUCCAUUCGAUCGCACGAUCCGAUUCGCUUAAAAGCGUUCUUUAAAGGAAUCUUGUAAAUUGAGUCGGAACGUUUAUCACGGCUUGAGCGGCUUUUAAAUCCGAAGCUCGUUCGCUCUCACGCAAAACGCUGAAUGCUGAUUCAACGCUCUCUCCCGCGCUCUCUCUUUCAGCUGGAUUUUUCUCACAUUUAUAACGUUUGUAUUUAGAUUUUCUUUCACUCGAUCGUCACGAUUGACUCGGACAGCACUUGCUUAACUUCUGUUUGGUCUCUCCAGCGACAUCUUUAGCUACUAACCCUUUAAUAAAACCUGUAAUCGCAUUAUAAUGGCACUGAAGUACUUGUAUGAGUAACGUGCCCAAAUCUAAAUCUUACACGGUGUUCGUUAUGAAUUAUUUCCUCUGGUUAAACGGAGGGGGAGAAGUUUGUAGGAGUCACUAGCUGGUUUAUCAGAAACACAAGCGUUAGAGAAAAGUGAAAGUGUUUAGAGAAGUUCCACCGAGGCAGAGGCAGAGGCAGAGGGAGAGGAAGCAUUCAGUAUAAAAGGGCGCGAGCAAGUUUCAGGUCUGCCGUGUACCGAGGAGUGAUGAGCUCAGCGACUCGAUUCAGAGUCGAUUCUUUUGAACAGACACUAUGAAGUGAAUCUAGAAAUGUAGUUUAGAAAUGUUUACACACUCGUGUGUGUGUGUGUGUGUGUGUGUGUGAGUUUAGACCAUUCAUGAGGAGAUGAUUGAGUGAUUCUUUUGUUCAUAAUAAAUAACAUAAAGAAAUGUAAAAUCAGAGCGAGUCAGAGGUGACGUGAUGGACACUGUGUGCACUGAGCUGUCCCAUCAUGCACCAGGAGUCAUCUGAUGUCUGAGUUAGAUCUGUGUGUGUGUGUGUGUGUGUGUGUGUGUAGGGGGACAGGAUGUUCUAACACACUGGUAAUAGUCCUGUUGUGGUGAACUUUUAAGAGCCUUGUAAAGUGAUCUGGAAACCCCCACACGCCCCCCUUCUCUGCCCUCUGACUCGUCUGUGUCUAGGGGUUCAUGUUCUAAGCGGGCCAAUUCGGGGUUUGGCUUUGGAGGAAUGAGUUUCCCCUUUAACUCGCACGCCCAUCAGUGCAUGUCUUGGCUUACAUCACACGGCCUUUGCGUCACGUCGGAGUAUAAUUAGGCUUCUCUUUAUUAUUAGUACGCAGUGCGAUGUCGGAAGGUGGAUUUCUGCAGACGUGGCUGAUGUUUUGUGUAUCUAAAAGUAAUCUGGGCGUUAACGUUGCUGUCUUCAAGUUUGAUCAGGAAUAUCGUAAUUACGAGGUGAACGGCGUCGCGACGUUAUAAUAACAACGUAGGGUUUUUUUUUUUUUUUUUCUUUCUGUAAAUCGGAUAUUCGAUAACGGAAAGUCAUCGCGGACGCAGUACGAAUGUGACGUCCGCGGAAGACGGUAAGAUUUAAGUAAAACGUUUUCUCACGCUUCAAGUUUUUUUUCCAAAGCGAAAACCACUGCGUGCACCACGUCGUACCGCAUCUCCACCUGCGAAACACGUACACACCGGCUUCUGAGGAGGACUUGAAGGCAGCAUGAAGUUACUAGAAUUUAUGUCAGACUUGAACGUCAUGUUUUGCCUUUGAUCUUUCAUUUAUUUAUUUUUAAAUCUCUGACACCUUACCGUCUAUGCAGCAGCAGCGGGGUUUCGGUUUUCUGUGUUGAGGUUUUAAACCUGAGCAGUUGGAUGAGACACAGCGUCAUGAUGAGCUCAGCGUGUCAUUACUCACGUGUCUUGAUGACUGAAUGGUUGUUAUUUAGGGGGUUUUUUUGGGGUUUUUUUUUUCCGUCAUCAUUUCUUCAGCACAACAAAAACUCUACUGGAUCACAGGGACAAAUAUGAAUGCUGUACCGAGGUGAAAUCUCAUCCAGUAUAUAUAUAUGUGUAUAGACUGCAAAAAAUGUGCAUUUUAUUUAGCUGCUUUAAAUAAAAAUGUUGUAAAGUAUGCCAAUUCUUUUAUUCCGGCUUAUUAAAGAGGCGGGAUUUCACCUGUAUGGAACCACAAAAAUAUGCAAAUGAGUAUAUAAACAUCUGCAUUGGGCAUUAAACUACUCGCGUGUGUAUAGUAACAUGUACAAAUGAACAUUAUUGUAUCUCACCCCUACUGCUGCUAUAUAAAAGUAUAAUAAAUGCAUAGUUUGUGUUUUUUAUGAAAUCCCACAAUGCACUAGAACAGGUUAGUUUGAGGCCUCUAUCCGUUGCACUGAUGUUUGCUCAGUGGCACAUGGUCCAUGAGGAAGUACGGGGCGUUGGUUGCUUCCUGGCGACACAGUUUUAGUCAUUUAGGUCAGCUGCGCAAUGUGACUCGUCAGAAAUCCUGCAGUAUGACAUGCUAAUAAUGCUGACUGUACAUUUGUAGAGGAACUAUGAUUUAACAGAGAGGAAAAGAGUAAACUGCGUUUAACAUGCUUCACACGACAUUCCUGAACUAACACCCAAUGGGAAAAUAAGUACUGUAGUCAUUAAAUAACGACACUGAUUUAUUAUCUUUCAUCAAAUUAGAAAAAAGUAUUUGCCCCCCCCGCCCCAAUCCUGAUUUCUUCUGUGUUUGUGUAGAUCUCGUACUGAAUGGUUUCAGAAAUUUAAGCUCAAAACAAAGGCGAGCUGAGUAGACACACAAUACUGUUUUUAAAUGAUAAUGUUAUUUAUUGAAGCAAAAAAGCUUAUCCAGUAUCAACUGGGCCUGUGUGAAAAUGUAUUUGCCCCUGUAGUUACUAAUUCCCCAGAUCUAUGAAACUGCAUUCAUAAUGGGGUUCAGCUGGACUAGACACAACCAGACCUGAUUACUGCAAACCCUGUUCAAUCACAUCUACACUUAAAUAGAACUUUUUCAGCAGCAUGAAGUCCUGCUACAUCUGGCGUAAGAAUUCCACAAAAAGAUCAUCGUACCUACGGUCAAGCAUGGUGGAGGAAGUGUGAUGGUGUGGGGAUGCUUUGCCGCUUCAGGGUCUGGGCAACUUACAGUAAUUGAGGGAAACAUGAAUUCUGCUCUCUACUAGAAAAUCCUAAAGGAGAAUGUCCCGUCUUCAGUCUGUAAGUUGAAACUCAAGCGUGACUGGAUUAUGCAGCGACAACGAUCCAAAGCGUAGGAGUAAUUUAAAAAAAUCUAAAUCUUAAACGGUCAAAAUAACAAUGUAAUAACAAUGUGAAGUAACUCAAACGAACAAGGUAUUAAGUCAAAAUAACGACAUACCCUGAAAUACCAAGGUAUUACACCCAAAUAAUAACAUACUAUCCUGAAAACAUGAGAUAUUAAAUCUUAAUAAUGACGUAUUGAAAUAAUGAGGUAUCAAAAUAAGGACAUGCCUUACUAUCUUUAUAUUCCGUUGAAGCAAUAUCUUAAAAUAACGAGAAAUGUCAAAACAAUGAUACACUAUCUUGAAAUAAUGAGAUAUUAACUCAAAAUGGUUAUAUAUUUAUUUGAAAUAAAGAGAUACUAGCUUGAAAUAACAAGCUAGUAUUGGGUUGAAACAGUGACACACUAUCUUGAAACAAUGAGAUUAAGUUGAAAUAACGAGAUAUUAAGUAAAAAAAAUAAAAUAUAUUAUGUCAAAAUAAUGAGAUAUUAAGUCGACGGAAGUUAUUAACGACUUAGUACUUCAAGUUUUUUUUCCUCCACUUCAGGGCUAAAUCUCUUUUGGAGUUUGCUAGCCCGAAUUCGGUAGUAAAGCUCUCGAGGGGCUCGGUAGGGGGCGCUGUGGCAGUGUGCUCGCUCCAAGUGAGCCUCCAAAUAACCAACCGAAGAAGAAAAACUUGUCCGAAUCCCAAACGGGUUCCUAUUGGAUAUGUAGUGCACUAAAUAGGGAGCAGAAGACAUCGCUAUAUACGCCAUGUAGUGCACUUAUGUAGGUAGUAAUGAGUGAAAUCGGGAUUCGCCCUCUGCGCCGGACCACGUUUUAAAGUCGCGGUGCCUGGCGCUGUGAGACACAACCUUUCCCGGUGUAAAAGAGAGAGGAACAUGCACGUGCUCAGUGCCGGCGCCGUGAAGUCUGCAGCUCUGUGGGGGAGGAGGAGGACGACGGGGCUCGAGCGGUUCACACGCGAACUAGUCUCGAAGAAAAAAAUGACGGUGUGUGUGAGCGGUCGGUCCCGGGCGUCAUGUGAUCUCUGUAAGCACGUGAACGCCCCCCGGAGGUGCCAGGAUGCCCGUGCAGGCGGCGCAGUGGACGGAGUUCCUGUCCUGCCCCAUCUGCCUGAACGAGUUCAACGGCGGCGGACACAAACCCAUCAGCCUGGGCUGCUCGCACACCGUGUGUAAGACGUGUCUCCACAAACUGCACCGUAAAGCCUGUCCCUUUGACCAGACCGCCAUCGGCAUCGACAUCGAGCUGCUGCCUGUCAACCGUGCCCUGCUGCUGCUGGUGGGGGCGCCGGUUCCUGAAAGCCAGAGUGUGUGUCUGGCCAGCGCCGAAGACACACAGCAUUAUGACGUGUGCAGGACGUGUGUGGAAGAGUUGGCUCUGUACCUCAAACCCAUCACCGGGGGCAAAGGCGUGGUGUCUGCGAGUGCGAGCGCGCUCAGUCGGCCCAUGCAGAGGAAGCUUGUGACGUUGGUGAACUGCCAGCUGGUGGAGGAGGAGGGGCGUGUGAGGGCGCUGCGGGCGGCUCGCUCUCUGGGAGAACGCACCAUCACCGAGCUCAUCCUGCAGCACCAGAACCCACAGCAGCUCUCCGCCAACCUGUGGGCCGCCGUCCGGGCGCGAGGGUGUCAGUUCCUUGGACCUGCGAUGCAGGAGGACGCACUAAAGCUCGUACUGCUUGCUCUCGAAGACGGCUCGGCGCUCUCUCGCAAGGUUCUGGUGCUCUUCGUGGUCCAGAAGCUGGAAGCUCGGUUCCCUCAGGCCUCCAAGACGAGCAUCGGUCAUGUGGUGCAGCUUCUGUACCGAGCUUCCUGCUUUAAGGUGACCAAGCGUGACGAAGACUCGUCCCUGAUGCAGCUGAAGGAGGAGUUCCGUACGUACGAGGCUUUGAGGCGUGAACACGACGCCCAGAUCGUCCACAUCGCCAUGGAGGCGGGGCUCCGCAUCUCUCCCGAGCAGUGGUCCUCGCUGCUGUACGGCGACCUCGUCCACAAAUCACACAUGCAGUCCAUCAUAGACAAGCUCCAGUCCCCAGAAUCCUUUACGAAGAGCGUGCAGGAGUUGACGAUCGUCCUGCAGAGAACCGGAGACCCGGCCAACCUCAACAUCCUCCGAGCUCCGCUAGAACUCCUCGCUGGCAUCGACCAGAACCUGGACACGGCCAUCCCCUCGUGGGAGGAGCUCGAGUCUGUGAUGUUGGCGGUGAAGGUUGUGGUCCAUGGGCUCUUUGAGUUCAUCCAGAAUUUCAGCAAAAAGAGUCACGAGACAUUUCCGUCUCAGCCCAACAGUAAAUACAAGACCAGCAUGUGCCGAGACCUGCGGCAGCAAGGAACCUGCCCACGAGGUGUCAACUGCACCUUCGCCCACACCCAGGACGAGCUGGAAAAGUACCGAAUGCGGAAUAAGAAGGUUGGUUCAGGAACCAGGCCGUCCCUCCUGCCCAAAACUGGGGCCGUUAAAUCCUCAGCUGUAGACGUGUGUGUCGACGAGCCGGAGGGUGUGGCCUCGGAGAGCUCCUCCCCCACUCGCCUCGUGCCCAGAGGAGGAGAGCAGGAGCAGGAUGAGGUCAUGAAAGAGCUGGCUGAUGGAUUCCUGGCUACCAGCCAAGACCUGAAAACGGGUUCUCCUCCGAAGAGCCCGGCGUCAGGACCUCCUGCAGACACCUCACUGCUCCUCAAACCCUCUUCUCUACCGCAAAGGGCUCACCACGAGCUCACGUACUUUCCUGAACAGAGAUCUGCAUACGAUCUGCCGUCCUGCCCGUCUGAUAAUUAUUUCCCUGCUCCUCUGUCGAACCCUCACAAACCCUACCUGCAUCGCUUCCCUCGCUCCAGCCCCGCCUCUGACUCCUCAGCCCCGCCUCCUCUGGCUCCUCCCUACCCUGACUCGCCCCUCCCGUCUCGUUUAGGGCUGUCUCCGUAUCCCCCGUCCCCCUCUUACCCACCGCUCCCUCACUCUCACUCCCACGGUCACGGCGUGUACGCGCCGGUCUACGACAGUCGGCGUCUCUGGAGGCCUCAGCUGUACCACAGACAGGACGGCCGGAGCAACUCGCUCCCUCUGGAGGUGCUGCACUCGUCCAUCUAUCAUCCCCCUCUCCGGGAGCGCUUCAACUCUCUCGACAGCGCCUACUGCACCGCCGCCAGCAGGAGAGCUGCCCUGCACCGGGAGGCGUAUGGCCGAGUCGCUCUGGGCUCUGAGGAUUUCUACCCUCUCCGUCAGGAACAGUGGGCGCACCAGCAUCACGUGUCGGGCCGAGCGCCGCAGCAUUCCCCCGUCUUUACUGUGGAUCUCUGCUCCGAGCGUGUGGAGAGCGGUGUGUGUAUGAGCUGUAAAUGUGGAGGUGCAGACACACCUCUCGGGCGUUACUCGCCAUGGUCGUGUGGCGCCGUCGGCCCGUUCGACUCGGAACCUCUUUACUCUCACUCCUGUUCCCAACACACGGACGGCGAGUGUACGUCUAAACACUGGCUGCACGUUUCUGAGCCGUACAGACGUGUGAAGGACGAGGACCCCAUCAUCCCGUUCGGCGAGGGUCCUAUGAUCUCAAAGUGGGGCGCCAUUUCACGCUCGUCUCGCACAGACCACCACACCACCGAGCCCGUACAGGCCACGGCGACGCACGGCCGCACCGCCACCACCACGCUCAUCAACUUCAGAGAUUACAGCUCUCAUGUGGGACAGGGCGAGUGCCGGUGGAGUCCCUGUGGGUUUGAGUCAACUCGCUCCGGGUUCCUAGAGAGCGAGCAGAGACGCAGCUCCUUCAGCACUGCCGGGAAACGUGGACCCGAGUUCCUGGUUCGGGACGGAACAGAGAGCGAACCGGACCGGGACAUCGAGCUGGAGCUGUGUGCUCUACACAUGGAGGACUCGGAACCACCGGGGAUCCAGUCCGAGACGUCUUUGGAGCCGCGGCGUGAAAAUCACCUCUCCGGGAUGUUUGGCGAUGGAGCAGGAAGCUCGCGGACGGCGCAGUCGUUACCGGAGCACGUGGUGGACGCUCAUUUACUGAAGAAGAUGGCGUUUCGGAAGUCUCUCUCUCCCGGGGGCCUGAACGCUGGAGGUCUCGCCGUGGGCGGUCUGGUGAUGAAGACGGGUUCCCUAAGACCUCCAGGAGACUCAGCCGGACCGAGCCCGGGACACGAGAUGAUUCUGAACGGGAGCUAAAAAUUCAGUGUUUUGGAGUCCGAAUGCUGGGUCAAAACUCGGCGCUGAUCCAUGAGACCUUGGAGUUCGUUUAUUAAUUUUCUAAAGCACUUACUUCCCCAAUUUAAUUCCAAACAUCUUGUUUAUGGAACGUAACCCUAUUUAAAAACAUUAUCAACCCCCCCCACACCCCCCCCCCCUUUUUUUUUUUUGCACAAUUUUCCCUGCUUUUAACAAUUUUGCUGCUUAUGCACACGUUUACGUUCACAACUCCCAUCUCAGGUCACCUAGCUGCCAAUCAAAACCCACUCCUUAGCCAAUCAGAUGCCUCCGAUUACUCCUACAUCGAAAUAAUAAUAAUCUGCAUAUGUGAUGAGCUUAAUCUAUUGCAGUUCCUGCCUAUAGGUUUCUAUAUUUCUACUAAAUGUUUACAGUGUGUGUGUGUGUGUGUGUGUGUGUGUGUGUGUGUGUGUGUGUGAGAUGGGGGGGGGGAGCCUGGUGCUCAGUAAAUACUGUACAUCGCAUACGUCAUGGUGCAGCACUAAUGACUCUGUUGACGUGCAUGAAACAAAAAUGCAGUGUUUAGUUUUGUAUUCGGUUUUGUAAUGAACUCUGUGAAUGUGCCUAAUGAAGUAGUGUACGGUAUUUUUUGCUCUCGCCCGGGAUUGGUCAGGCGGCUGUUUAAUUUUUAAAUGGCGCUCAAAUCCAGCAUUAACACGUGUGUGUGUGUGUGUGUGUGUGUGU